AUGCUGAUGGCAUUUCGAGUCCGAAAAUUUCAUUCUCUCUUUCUUGGCUUCAUUGGGUUGUGUUUAGUUGCAUACUCUUCAUACUACUCCAGUCCUGGAUUAUUAUUCUUGGAAAAUACAGUUCUAGGAAAUGACAGGUCCGAUGCUUUGUCUACGAAAGUCAGCUCAGUUUCCAUUACUACUCCCAAAGUAAAAAAUAUGACAGUUCAGGCAAACAAUGAAGAAAUUCAUCAUGUCAUUACAUCAACUGCUGUUGCUCAACCUAUUGAUUUGGUUGUUACACCAGAGAAUAUCACAACGAAUAUCAGUGCACAUCACUCUUCAGUCCAGAAUGCUGUACAGACUCCUGUGAAAUCUCAGGCACCUGUUGCAUCUGCUUCUGCCUCAGCUACAGUUAUAACAGUUGCAGCUGCAGCAGGUGUGCCAGCAGCUGCUUCACCUGCAGUAGCAAAUCCUGCAACUGCAGCAGAUGCUGUUGGCAAAGCAAUACCAACUCGAAAGAUAUAUGAACAUGGUUUCCAGGUUCCAGGCCCAAUGUUAUGUCCUGAUAAUGGAGAAAGAAUUCAACUUCUAAUAAUUGUGACAUCUGCACCUUCUCACAGGGAAGCUCGGUUUGCAAUUCGUUAUACUUGGGGCAAUUUUCGACAGAGAAAAGAUGUGUCAAUUGGAUUUCUUGUGGGGUCUGUUAGUGAUAUUCACAAACAAGAACUCUUGAAUGUGGAAAUUGAUACUUACAAUGAUGUUAUUCAAUCGAAGUUCCUGGACAGUUAUAACAAUUUGACUCUCAAGACUCUAUCUUUAUUGGAAUGGGUAGACACUUAUUGUAGCAAAGCAAAAUUUGUUCUCAAAACAGAUGAUGAUAUGUUUAUUAAUGUACCUCGUCUUCUUGCAUUUAUUGAUAAACACAAUAAUGACAAGAGAACUAUUUUUGGAAGACUUGCUAAAAAAUGGAAGCCAAUUCGCAACAAGGCAUCUAAGUAUUAUGUAUCAUUGGAUCAGUACAAACCACCAAUUUUUCCUGAUUUUACCACUGGGCCAGCUUACCUCAUCACAAGUGACAUAAUUCAUGACCUCUAUGUAACAGCUUUAAAUAAAACAUACUUGAAAUUGGAGGAUGUUUUCCUUACAGGAAUUGUUGCCCAAGAAAUGAAAGUAAGAAGAAUACAUGUUAGUGAAUUCCUCAACAAAAGGAUUUCUUUGAAUGCAUGCAGUAUCCAAAAAGGAAUAAGUAUACACAUGAUAAAAUACCAUGAACAGUUUGAUUUGUGGAAGAAGCUUUUAGAUGGUAAAUCAAAGUGUAGUUAGGGAAAGUGAUGUAAAAGCAAAAUGUGGUGUUUUCAAGUGACAUGUAUACGAGAACUAAUUCCAAAUAUGUAUUUGAUUCUGAAGUUGUUAUAGGUUUCUGUGAUGCACAUUUGCAAUUAUACUCAAUAGACUAAUUUUAACAUUGUAUUUUUAAGGCUUUUGACAGGUAAGAAAUGCUUCAUUUAGAAUACAGCAAUAGAGCCAAGAAUUUCAGCAAUGCACAAUACUAAAAAUAAUAUUUUCAUAUAACUUGUAACUAUUAUAUCUGUAACUUUUUUGUUAGUUACAUUUUGCUGAUAAGUAUUGUAAAUCAACUUGUGAUUCCUUUAAAAAUGAUUGAUAAUGAUAAUUUUUUGCUUUUAUAUCUGUAGAUUCAAGCAUUUUCACAACAUACCAUUAGUAUCACAACCAUCAUGCAAAUUCAACAGCAUAAAGUAAUAAUUGCAUUACAUUCAGGUCCAUUAAAAGUUUCCAAGACACCUCUGUAACACCUCAUGUUAAGAUACAUUUUUAGAGUAGACUAAUGAGCCAAUAACCGUGCAACAGUGACUCCUAGUGAUUCAGAUGUGAUAGUUGUAAAAGCAAUAUGUUUUGAUAACCAAGAUAGUUUCGUGGUGUAAAAGAAAAUUAAAUUUGUACAGAUAUCUUGAGCAAAAUUUGUAGACCCAUUUAAACAGAAUGUUGUCAUAAGUGAGAAAGUUUUCAUUUCACUAUAAGGAAAUUUAUGGAUGCCUGGAAAUGUUUGUUAACAUAAUAAAUGUGUUCAAGCAAGCAUUUUCAGUCAAUCUGCAUGUAUCAGGAAAUAAUUUGUUGGAAAACACUGGUUUUCUAGAUAACAGACUGAUAUUUUCAGAACUAUUUCUAAUUAACUACUUUUUUAAAAUUAAUUUCUAGAAAAUUUCAUUUUUUGUUUGCAUGGUGUGAUCAUGUUUAAGUGGUACUUUUGGACAUCUAAGAAAUAAUUUUAGUCAAUGACACUAAUAUAUGUAAAAUGAGAGUGGUGUAAUCUUUAACCAAUCAGAAUAUUGUUAAUGGAAAUGGUAACAACCUUUUCUUUGAAAUGGGAUAUACUAUUAAUACAUUCAGUAAGUAAGAAGUUUAGCAUUUUUGUUAAAAUUUAUUAGCAAACAACCAUUCAUUGGCUCUCAAAACCAUCAUGAGUGAUCAUUGUUAAACAAUGUUUUUAGAUCCACUGACACUGAUUGGUGUCAGAAUUUUCUAAACUCUGGAAGACAGAAUAAUGGACAUAUGACAACAUAUUUUCUUCUGCUCACAUUCCAGAAAAUGGAAUCUGUUCAUCAGAUUUUGAUGGACAAUAUUUAUUUACCACUAUUUCAUAAAGAAUAUUUUUUUGGUACUCAUUACUAUGCUAAAGAUCAGCUUGUAUUUUUAGAUAGUUUGAGUCUAGAUAUUGUGAUUUUACUAAUAACAUCAAGAAUUAUUUGUAAUAAGACAUAUCUAUGGUAAUGAAAUCGUUGUUGAAAUGAAUGCCGAAUUGAAAUGGCAAAUACUAGAAUUGAAAUUACAUUUAUACCACUGAAGAAACAAUUUUGAGUAUCAUUCACAUUACUUGUUGGGCUUUAUGAACAACUUUAACAUGCUGUUUUAUUUAUUAUUCUCAAAACCCCAAACUCUCCCUAGAAACAUGAAGCCACUAGAAGAGAUUCUGAAUAACUUUUUGUAAGAUUUAAGAACACAUGAUCCAAUUUGCAAACAUUUUUUUCUGAAAAACACAGGAUGCCUUUAAUUCUUAGUGUUCAUUUGUAUUCUUUAGGUUUACACAUUUUUAAUAUACUGAUGAGGAUCAUAGGUGAAGGCCCAAAUUAAUUCAUGUACACAUAACCCUUGAUGACUUAAUGUCAGAUUAUCAGUUUACAUUUCAGGUAAUCCCCUUAGCUAAAUAAGAAGUGAAAACAGCAACUUUAUUGUAUGUCUAUUCAAAUAACUCGUCAAGCAAUGUAGCAAGGCCCAAGAUGGGUGCCAUUGUUAAUUUUUUGCGUGUCAUAUACGAUUAUCCCUUUGUAUGUUGUGUUCAUUUCAAGGAAACGAAAAUAUUUUACCGUAAAUUUUGAUUAAAAAAUGUUUGGUGUAGACUUGGCUAGUUUGAGACUUGCACUGUUGACCAAAUAUUCCAUCACAAAAUCACUGUUGCUAGAUGUUCUAGAUUAUUUACAGGUUGUUGCAAAAUCCUUACAUUGAUCCUGCAUUUUGUAUCCCCUAUAUAUGCGUGAAAAAUAUUUCAUAUAUGUAUGUUGACUUUUUAAGAUUUCAGUAGCUAAAAGAUGUUCGGAUGGUACUUGUUACAAUUGUUAAGAUUUCGAUUUUUAAAAUGUAUUUGUUUAAAAUUUGUUUUCCAUUCUUAUUUGAAACAAUUUAUUUUAGGUGGCUUGUUUACUUCCAUGUGGUUCUUUGGCUUAUAGUAAUCAGUUGUCCAUGUGAGUUUUUUUUAAAGUAUGUCCUGUUAUAUAUUUAAAUUAACUAGGUCACGAAACAAAGAAUUUUUAUUUUGUUUUCAGUGGGCCGAAAAUAAUUAGGAGAAUUCUGUACGACAUUUCAGUUGUAAUUCUAAAUACAUUUGAUAGUAUGUGUAGCUUGUAACAAGCAAUAUAUUUGUAUUUUUAGUGGUCUAAUUUCUAGUUGCACUUGUCACAAGAAAGAUUAUUUUCUGGAAUUAAUAAUUGGGUUUCCCAUUCUAGUGAUAUAGUGAUAAAUGGGCUGUGAUGUUAUCUACUACCCCUCAAGUGCCAUUGCUUUGAGACUGGCAACUUCAUAGUUUUCAUUUGUCUUAAAGAGAUAAGAGAAAAUAUCACCAUAUUGUCCAUGUAUCUGUUGUUUAUAGCGAAGUUAAAUCCUUUAUUUCAAAUACAGUAGAACUUCCUCAAUGUGGAAUGUUUAUAGUGUUUGUCCAAUGUGAACAUAAACCAUAGUCCAGGUAAAUGUAAACUCUAAGGUAUUAAAUUGUGUAUCACGGAAUCUUGACUAAUACCAGAAAAAAUACUGGCCCCUUGAUCAAGUUUUACUGUAUACUGGACAGAAUAUUUUUGAAAUACAAUGUAUUCACACUUCAUUUCAGAAAGCUUAUUUAAUUUUAACAUUCAGAGUACAACAUAUAAUUUAGUUUACAAAUCAUUUUUUAAACAUGGUAAAUAAUAACUUGUCUCUUUAAAACCAUAGUUAGAUAUUUAGAGAUAUGUACAUGCUGUUGAACUUGCAUAGUUUUAGAUAGGAUGGUCUUGACUGAAUCCAUAACACAGACUCAAAUAAACAAUUUGUUUCAUGAUAGACUUUACUGAAUGAUGUGUGUUCGAGACUGAGCAAUCAUUUUGUCUUUCGAAUCUUGCGAACAUUAGCAUGUAAAUUUGUGAAUCAGUGUUUGCACAAUGUUACUCUGCUGGUUGCUCAUUAGAAAGAUUAAGUAUUUUUAGCCUUGUAAGAAAUAAGCAUCUAUUUUGUAGUUGCUUGUUGAAUGUACUUAAUUUUGUCAGUGUUUGUGAAUUAUUUAAUAUUUUGUUCCUAUUAUUAGUUGGUGCAAGAAUCUAUAAUUCUACAUUCUAAAUGCGUAUGUUUUAUAGUUUGUGGUAGAAAUGGUUUUAGUUGCAGUAUUUAAAAUAUUUCUUCUCCUUUACAGGAAAACAAAAUGUAGUAUGUAAUUCAAAAGACACAAUUUUUUUGUGAUUUCUAUGGUACAUUCCUAUGUAUAUCCUAAUCAUCUUUUACAAAAUGUAUGUGUCAGUAUUGACAUUUUGCGUAAUUUAUUCAAAUUGAAGUGUAUGAUAUGUUUAAUGAUUCAUCUCUGCAUCAUCAUUUUCAGAUAUAUUUAUGAAUAAUAUGGUGCUAUUUUUACAUGUAACGAUUGUUCAUUGUUGUAUCAGUGUAAUUUUUUAUGUUAAUCCUUAUACUAGUGAGUAAUUAUUAAUAUAAGCAUUGCAAAGUAGUAACGAGUAGUGGUGGCGCCAAGGAAAUGCAGGACAUUUUGUGCUAGGUGUCUGUUGCAUUACAAGCACUAAUGAAAAUAAUUGUAUUGCUACAAAUGUGGAGAUACUUGAAGUGCAGUUUGAUAUCUAGAUUGAUUCUGCCUUACCCUGGUGCCAACUUUACUCACAGCACUAUGUAGAUUUUUUAGAGGUGGAUUUGCAGGAUAGAUGAAAAGGGGUUGAGGAUGUAUUCUUCUACAAAUGAGUUUGCUGCAGGACUAUAGCUGUUAAAUACAAUGUACCUGUUGUUGUAUGACUAUGCAGUGGUUGUUGCUUCACAGAAACCCGGUAUUUUAGCAUUUUGGUAUCUUUGUAUUGGUCUUCCUGGAGAUAAGGUUAAAACUGCUUUGGACACUUGUGAAGAAAUAAUUGCAAUGGGGAGAGCUCAAAGAGCUUGUUUAUAUUUUUGUUUACCUUCAAGUAUGUUGACUUCUACAUGGAAGUUAAUGCGAAACCUUGAUUGUUAGUCAUUUAUCAUAAAAUACUCAUUUAUGGUAGUUGGUUUUCUUUGCCUUUUAUAUUUGGUAUAUUUAUUUUGACAUAAAUCCAUCUUAUCAAUGUUAUUUCUGUGAUUUGUUUUGAUAUUAUUUCAGUAACAGAAAACAGUAUAUUCUAGCUGGCUAGACUCGGUAUGAUUGCAGCUAUAAAAUAAUGUUAAAGACUUUAGCUGUGUUACUUUUCUUGUUCUAGCGCAAAUUCCUAUUCUAGUAUUAAUAUUAUUAUUCCAUGUUAAAAAAUGUAAUUAUUCACAUUUAAAGGCUGAAAAUUUGUUUAUAUUAAGUGAUGAAUAAGUACAUUUUGUCUCAUUCUAAUAUUCACUGCUCUAAAGAAAGUAUACAACCGUUCACUCUUUCCUCAUUGUUGUUUAUGUGCAUUAGGCCUUUCCAACUCUCAUAUUUUUGUUCUUUAUCAUAAUUUUUUAGUAUGUUGUUUCUUCUAUUCUUUCUUAUCCUGAUGCAUGUUGUAUGUUUUGAAAACUUCUGUUUGUAUUUAUUAUAAAAUAUUCACUUUGUUCCUCUUGCUUUUAAAUAUUUAUAUUUCUAUGUAUGUUUUCUUAGCACUGCCAGUUGUCAUUGGAUGUUGCAGAACAUUUCAUUUUAUGUACUGUACACACAUUGUACAUCCUUGACAUGCUAAUUGCGUACAAUCCUGUAGUAUUUCUUUUUGUGAUAGGAGUGUGAUAAAUUAUAAUACUUUAGUUCCUUUCAUUGUAAGAAAAGGCAUUUUUUUAAAUAGAACUUGCUUCUGAAUGCAUGAAGUUUUGAAUUUAAAUGUCAUUUUCUCAAUGCUUUUUAGAGAGGUAUUAGAAAUGCAUUAGCAAGAUUAUUUGGGAGAGAGCUGUAGAAAUAUAUGUGCAGGAGAAUGUAUGAUUGUAAUUUAUUUAAGAUUUGUUGUGUGUUGGUCAUUUAAUAUUUCAAUGUUUAUAAUAUCCAAUAUGAAUUAUGAAUUUAUUUCACUUAUUUUCACAAGGUGUUAGGUGACAUUUCAAUGUCAUCAAGUUUCUAAUUUUUCAACUUUCCUCUUUUCAUUUUGGAUACUCAAUAUUACAAAUUCCUAAUGACAUAAACACAAAUUCUUGCCAUAUGUGCGUUGUGCAAUAUCUUUGAAUUGUUUUCCUGAUUCUUUUUCCUCAAAUUUUCAGAAUGGCUUACCAGAUGGUAUUCGCCAAGUCUUAAGCAUCAACGUAAUUUCCUCAAAGGGAUUCGAAGCAUCUCACAGAUAGUGUAUUCUGCACGUAUUGUUCGUAAUUUAGGUUCUGAGUUUCUUGGGAAAUAAGAGAAUGCCUAGUAUUUGCAUAAGAAAUGCUUAUCAGAGAUUGGUAAUCUCUUUUCAAAUCCAGAAGACAGGCUGGUGGUUUACUAGAUACUACACAAAUAUAUUGUAUGAUAAUUGUAUUUUGUUUUGAUGAUGACAUUAAAAUACAAGCAUCUGCCACUGAAUGAAAAAGCUGUUGUACCUAUUUAUUAAUAUUUCUCUCCAAUUCACUGGUUCCCUCACUUGAAAAAUACAAGUGAAUUUGCAUUUUUAACUGUCCCUGGACAAUAAGUGAAAUGUCUCGCUGUUGCCAUAUCAAGUGAAGUUAUAUUUUUCUUG